AUGGCUGACAUUCGUAGAUCAACUCGGAUACGCGACAAGUCUUCAAAGACGGACGACGAUGAGGAUCAUGAGGACUCCACCGGUUUAGUUCUCAUGGAUGAAGAUGUUGAUCUGGCCAUUGGCUCAACAGACGGCUCCGAAAGCGAUGAAGAUUCGCGAGGAACAGACGAGGAAUAUGAAGAACCUGCCUCGAAGAAACGCAAACGUGUGCCCAGCGAAAAAACUGACCGGACUGGUGCUCCACGAGGGACGAAAAGAGCGAAAGCGCCAAACGUGGGUCGAGACAAAAACUCCAAAAAAAGCAGAAACGCGUUUCUUGAAAGACAGCAGGGCUUUGAAGCAACGGAGUUGUUCCAAAUCAUGGCGCACUCUGAAGAUUUUUCGGUCGAAGAGCUCGCAAACGAAUGGCUUGAGUUGUAUUCAGAAAACAGAAACAAAGCUCUCCAAAACUUUAUCAACUUCUUGCUCAAUUGCUGCGGCUCUUUGGUCCAGGUUCAGGAACAUGACAUUGUCUCUAACGAGACCGCCAACGAGACAGUGGCUGAAAUUCAACUGCAGUUUCAACAACAAGAAUUGCACGAAUCACAUCUACUUAUGAGCAAAAACAACAAGAGACGCGCAAAAUGUAAACCGCUGUACGAAAACUUCCUGGAAUUUACCCACAAGCUGCUGGAGCUGGCUCAUGAACGCGGCCUUUUGGCCGAAAACUCAGGCGAAUCCGAUGAAAGACAACCAACAGGCCAGUCUCUGAUUUUAGACCUCCUAACUUGGCUAUCAUCAUUGGCAGUGAGUAAAAUCAGAUGUCUACGGCACGUUGCAACAUUGUGUAUGUACAAUUUUCAGGACUAUUUGACAGCGUUGAGCGUAUCCUUGGAAAAUGAUUACUUGGUAAAACUGAGAAGACAGCUAGCCAUGGAACAAAAAAAGAAGAGAGCCAACCCGAAGACGGCCGAAAAACUAGAAUCUACAAUAGUGGAAAUCCAGGACACGAAAUCAGUAGUAGCAAAUUGCAUCGACAACACCAUUAAACUGUCUUUUAUCCAUCGCUUCAAGGAUGUGGACGAGGCUAUACGAACUGACUCCGUAAUUCAUCUUGCCAUAUGGCUCGAGAAUUACCCAGAGUACUUCAUGAAAGUAACGUUUCUGAAGUAUUUUGGCUGGUUACUAUCCGAUCUUUCACCAGCGGUUCGAUUGCAAGUCGUUAAAGUAAUACUGGAAAUUGUCAAGUUCGACAACAAACGUAAAAAACACAAAGUUGGUAGCACAGCCUUGCGGCAAUUUUUCGAGAGGUUCAAACAAAGGAUAGUUGAGAUUGCUUUGAAGGACGUCGACACGCAAGUUCGCAUUGCCGCAAUACAAGUGCUGACGCAGAUCAACUCUCUAGGUUAUCUCGAAGAUAGCGAAGUUUCCAAGAUCUCAAGUAUGAUAUUCAAUGGCCGCAAAAUUGACGCCUCUUCGGCAGCUAGAGACGCCAAAUUAUUGGCAUCCGUGGCAAAAUUCUUCGCAGCGGUGCAAAACGAUAAGCUAGAAAUUCUACUCGAGUCACAUUCAUUUCCUAACAAGUCUAGUUCGUUGCGGCCUCAAGAUAUUAUUGAAACCGGGUUCUUCAUUAAAUCGUUGCUCGAUUCGUUCUCAAGCUAUCUGAACGAACGUGAAGAAGAUAUUCCUUUUCAAAACCGCCCAGAUCUACUUUUUCAGGCCGCGGAGUUCCUGGAACCGUAUUUUGGGCAGUUGACAACAUCCCUGUGCGAGAUCCUGGUGUAUGAUGCAUGUUUUGAUGGCUUUGACAAUGUUGAAGACGCAGAGACUGGCGAGAAAGUACUUCUCUUGCCCUGUGAUGAGAACAGCAUUACUCAAUAUGUGAUUGUUCUAGGUGGUUUGUGCCAUGGCGGCGGCAAAAAGAACUCUAAAAAAUCUGAAACCACCAUGGCGGCUAUGAGUUACCUCCCAAAACUGUUUAGUACAUUGCCGCUCCAUUCUAGUGUCGUGAUGCAACAGGUUUUCAAGAUUUACACUUUAUUCACAUUCGAGGAAUGGGUCGCAGCGCACCAAGAGUCUGAAUUUCAAAAAGUUACUGACGUAAUUGUCAAAACGUUUGACAGGAUGCAGCUUUCAAAGGAGAAAGAUGAUAUAACCCGCUCGUCUUUCGCAGAUGUGAUGCAAUUCCAUAAAGACUUGGGACUACCUCAAGUCAUCGACGGCUGGAAAAACCAACUGGAACAGUUGCGUGCAUCAUUCCAGGUGUUUUUGCAGACAAAAGCUGAUGGCUAUAACGGCGAGGGCAUAAACAAUUUACUACUAGCAGCCCAUGAGACGUAUCUCAAUAAGCUAGUGUUGCUAGGUAAAAUACUGCAACUUGAUAUCAGUUCGGAGCUGAUGAAUGAAUAUUUCGGAAAAAUUGUGAACAGAGUUCCUAAGAGCUUGGAACUGUUAAGACAUGACACGAUUAAGGCCAUAGACUUUAGGUUCGUGACUUUAGCCGUCACAUGGAAUUUGCAACGCUGGUUCGAAAUCUUGCAAAAUGGAACGGACGCAACGCCAUUCUCUUCGAGUCCACUUCAAACGGCCUUAGUCGUCAUAGAACAGCUUAGUACCAACCUAGUUGCAUUGUCAAGUAGCGAAGUGGAGAAUAUUCGCGAUUGUCUGAACAUCAUAUUCAAGCUUUGCGAUGUAUUGUUCGACUGCCUCACCGCAUUCAAGAUGUUCGAGUUGAACAUCCCCAACAAAGAUUACGAAUGGCAGCGAGCGAUAGACCACGACUACCACUUGGUAAUACACCCUCAAAUGCCGCAAAUAUUUCUCGAUGCUUUCCUGUAUUUGGAAGGGUUACGGGCGAAAGAACUUGGCGUACAGCUUGACCGAUUUGAUGACGAGGAUGUCAACCUCAACGAUAUAGUUGAUGACAACGUGGACGACGUUGAGCAAGAACUCAAUCUGUUUGCUGUGAAGCUCAAAAGCUUGCUAACUUUGGGGCUACUGGACGAUACUCGAAUUGAAAGCCGCAUAGCUUUAAACAAAGGUGUUCUGGGCCCUAAUUUUGAAUCUAUCGCUAACGAUACCGCUUUCACCGCAAAUCAAGCGCCUAAGCGGCACCUGGUUUCUGCAAACCACGAACACCAGAUCUUCGAUGACCAGCAUGAUCGGGAUAAAAGUCGCAAUCACCCGGCACUUACAUCUUCCAUCCCACCAAAUCGAUUGGAAACAAGAGAGAGUAGCUCAGAAUACCUAUGA